AUGGAGCAGGGAAAUAUAUCUGUCUGCAUGUUUCUACUUCCACCUAUCCAUCCAAGCAUGCUUGUAUAUAUGACAGCCGCCUUCUGGCAGAUUCACACCACAUUGGCAGAUCCGGAGCCUGACUUCAAUGAAAGUGAUGAAGCUAUCUCACUAGCGGAUGUGCUAUUCGUAUUCCCAAGGUUGAGGCGGUUACGAUAUACCAAUUCCGGAAUUUCACACGCUAUUGGCGAUCUGUCGCUACUGGAAACCCAACAUACGCUUCAAGACCGGACAGCUGAAGGCAAGAUUUAA